AAACCAUUGGUCAAUCAAGGUGAUAAAACGAAGAUAUCAUCAAAAAAUAGCACACGGCCUAAAACAUCAACACAGAGCGGAUCAUCAACGAUCAUUCGUAGUUCACCCAAACCAUCAUCAUCUUCUACAUUACCUCCACGAUCAUCGCCAAGUUCGAUUCAAAUUACAACAUCGGUUGAUCUUCGUGGAGAAAAUGAAAUUCUACGUAAACGCGUUCUUGAAUUGGAAGCGGAAAUAUCAGAACUCAAACAAGAAACGAUGCCAUUUCUAAACAAAGAAGCGUAUGGUUAUUUAAAACGAGCAUGUGCUUCGUAUGGAAAACAUGAAAAUGUAAAAUCAGGCACUGCACAAAAAAUAGCCGAACAAUUACCAUUGACAGUUGUUGAAUUGAAAGAAUGUUUAAAUUCUCAAUGGACUAAAACAUCAAAUAAUUUAUUACAAAAUUGUUUUAAACAUGUCGAUUUGUCAACGUCAAAUUAUCAACUAUUAGCAAAAAUGAAUUUAAAAAUGUUAAUGAACAUCAAAGAUUAUGUUACGGCUGUUCAUCCAAGUGAAACAAUUACACAAUCGUCAUUUAGUAAAACGGUAUCUCUUAAAUGUCGGCACAUACGAGAAAAACAAGGAAAACAACAAAAUGAUCGAACACUCAAAGAACCACAAAAAAAUACUAAAUCAAAACGACAAAAUAAUCAUGAUGCUAACAAAGAAAAUGAACAAGAUGAAACAACCAGAUGGAAUAGAAGAAUAUGGAGACGAUGA